AUGCAAGUUGUCGCUCCCACGCCUUCACCAGCCCGCAGCACACUUGGUGCAGUACCAUCUGGUUUUGACACAGUCGAGGUGCAGGCUUCACCAUCAACUCCAUCAAAACGCCGCCUGCGCAGAAGCUUGCGACUUUCUGGUGCUUCUCUUGCUUCACCUAGUCAGGCGCUCAACAAGGAGAACAUCAGGAUUGCUGCGUCCAGUCAGCCAUCCACGUCUGCAAAGGUCCUCGACAUCGGCUCUUCCGACAGCGACAAACUUAGCAGUCCGCGACUCAGCUCGCCGCUCACAAGCAGCUCACCACUCCAUUCCUCUCCUCUGCGCUCUCGGAGCUCUCCGCUGAAAAGUCGCUCACCGUUGCGUCGCGCACUUCAAUCGCACAACGAUGAGAUGGCGUCGUCCUCAGACGAGUCAGACGACUCUGUGCUUGUCUUCUUCGGUAAACCUUCGUCUGCCGAAAAGAAGAAGCGCGUUCACUAUGAGCAGCGCGUGCUAGAAAAGCGGCUCAAGCACAAGGACAGCCUCGACCUUGCCAGAAGGCGCCCGAUCAGCUUCAACCCGGACGACACCAUGCUCAUUGACGUCCAGAACGCCUACGGCUGGUCGUGGUCCAAACCUACACCCACGCCCUCCCGCUCCACCAAGCUUCUGCUUUCCUCGCCCACACGAUCUCCGGCUAGUACCGCUUCUCCUACUAAGAGCCGCGGCAGCACACGAUGCUCCUCACCGGCUACUCUCGCCAUGCCCUCGGGGCAAUCCCAGCCUGAAGGUGCACCGGGCACUCCAGGCCUAUGCUUGGCUGAGGCUUUUGGCCCCGCUGCCCGUUCGAAAUCCACUACGGAAUAUAAUGAGGUCUCCUUGGUUCCGAACUCUCCACGCCGAAAUGAACAAGAAGAUGCCGAGCAACAAGCCGCGCCGCCCAACAUCCCGCAAGAGGAUAUUGCGAACAGGGAAAGGUCACAGAUCAAGCCAUUCAUGGCAGCUGAGGCCAGUUCUGCCAAGGAUUCUCCCGCAAAACGCAGUCCAUCUAAACAGUGGUCAGAGUCUCCCCAUCGUAACCAGAGCCCCAUUCGAUCGGUCGAGACCCUCAUCGACGCAACGAUGGCUCAUAACAAGGAUGUUCACUCUCCCAUGCGCUCGCCUCGACGCUCGCCAAGAUUAUCGCUCAAAGCCCUACAGCUUUCGACCUCUCCAACAAAGAUCGGCACAGCCGGUCCUACCUUUGGUCUGUCGACGCCCUUUCAGCAGACUCUCGCCAUGCAGCAACCAAUACCCCAUCAGCUUUCCACUCCUUUCCAGCAGCCUGCUGUCGCUUCGCUUGUUCCGCCCAGCACCGGUCUCUCCCGUUUUGCUUGCUUGCAGAACCUCUCCACGCUCAACAACAGGGCGCCGGAGACUCCAACCAACAAGGCUCCUUUGAUGCAACUGACUCAUCAAUCGGUGCUCCCCUCGCCCUUCAUCUCAACCGGCCUCUUCGAGCUUCCAGCUUUGGAACCUGCUACAGCUUCCAAGCUCCGAUCCCCUUCUCGAUCUUCGUACAGGAGCAUGCAGGGACCAAGUCCCGCAAGGCAUGCUGCUACCACGGAGCAGACGGUUGAGGCUCACAGCAUGGUCAGCCACGCCUCACCCCCAAAAGCUGCACCGACGCCCGGAACCCCGUCUGUCAGGUUUGCAGACUCCGAGCUGCUCGAAACUGCCAGCAAGUUGUGUCCGGCUAGCAGUGCGAACUUGUCGGCAGCUCGCUCGUCAACGCCCUCAAAGAUUCGUUACGAAGUAGAUCAUCUUGCUGCGCCUCAGCCUUUGCAUUCGCCUCAGCGUCAAAGCGCAGAGCAAGCGACCACGCUGCUUGCCACGCCACUGCCGACGGCAACCGAGGCCAAACCAGAGACCCCUGGCCCUAUCUUCAGACAGACAGCCCGGCGUGUCCCGAUACAUCAGCACGAAGCCGACUUUGGCGUCAAAGUCUCACCGGAGAAAUUAUCCUAUUCGCCACGCAGGGCGUACGCAAAUAGUUCGGCUAGGACUAACGACUUUGGUAUCAAGCAGGAGAGGAUCCCAGCUCGUCGCGUACCCGUCCAACCCUCGGCCGCCGUCAGACAGACUUCCUCCAGCUCCAGGCCAGGGGAGGUACCGGUGACGGCUGCUAUGAGGGUGGCUAGCGUCGCUUCCAAAGGAGCGCGAAUGGUUAGCAAUGGUUCUAGCAGGAUUGGCGGUCAGAGCACAAGUCUGCCCCCUGCCGCUUUAGCGCGCGGGGUAUCCUUCGUCCAACCCGCUUCGACUGCCCUGAACACUGCGACCACCCAGUCCGCAGCGAGGUCCGUAUCCGCUUCGCAAGGGUCGUCGGUAGCAUCCAAGGCCUCACGUCUUCAACGUCCAGCCUCGGCUGCUUUUGGAGUCAGGCCCAACUCACCGUCCAAACAGGCGAGGUCCCUCAGCGGGCUUCCCCGACCAAGGUCUGCACAACCGACAAGCUCCUCAACGCCUGCUUCUGGUCCCGGUUCUCGUCUUCCACGGCCCGCGACCGUGGGCACAUCGACAAACGUGACGAGGCCUGUGUCCAGACCCGUACCGAUGGCGAUCGCCAGACUCGCACCUGGCCAGCAGAGUGCUGAGCGCGAACCGGCUGCCACUGCAACAUCACGGCCUCAGACCAUUGCCACACCAGCCAGUACAAGCGUCAACUCUGCAGAGGUGUCACUCGCGUCAGAGGCGUUGACCUUGUCACAAGAUGACGGACCACAAGCUGACGAAUGUUCACCAGAGACCGUCGCGGCGACUGCGGAUACCGAGGCGCCUACAACGAGCUAUCAGGCGGUUAUCCAAGCGGAACAACCAAUCGCAAGCUCGGUCGCCUCUGAUCUGCGACGACAACCCUCCGCAUCGGCCCUUCACAGCACUGCUCGAGAGGCGAUUGCAAAGGCUCAGCCGGAGUCUACGGAUCAGUCCCACAAAAUCAAGACAACUGCGGGGGUGGGUGCAACCUCGGAUGGAGACUCAGCGCGCUCCUCGAGCCCAGUGGUUCGCGCACCUCCUGCUCGACCGCCGUCAUCGGCACGUUCUGCUCCACCAGUGGUCCGAGAUCCGGAACAGCAGCGACUGCGAUGUCUGGCCAUGCAAGAGAAGGCGCGGAAUCGCACGCCCAAAGGUAGCUCGAGCGCUAGUGUAACAGCGAGCUCGGAUGUUGAGGAGCUUCCUCUCAGCGAAAACGGCACUGCGCGAGGAUCACCUCCUGCAAACACUGCCGAGCCUGCUCAAACUCUUAUCUCAGGUCUUGGCACCGUCCCUUCUGCCGUCGAGGCAUUGGCAGCGAAGCAUGCUGAGGCUGUCGACGUUGCUGCAACUAGUGGGACUUACAGCGCCAAUGGAUCGACUGCUCCAGCUGCAACGACCACGGGGAGGCCUCUGCGAUCCACACGCUCGGCCUCGCGACCUCUCGCUCCAUCGGCGACACGAGUUCCACCGUCACGAGGACGUGCGCUCAGCCUCAACGACAUCAUCGCCGCGCGCAAAAUCGAUGUACCGCUGUCUCUGGCGGAUCAGCUCAAGCUGGCCGACACAGUCAACAAGAAGCAAAACGAAAAGACUCUGGCGAGGUACAAGAUCACCAAGGUGCAGCGUCCGUACGAGCGUCCGCCUAGCCCUGAACGUCACGACCAUGAACCGGAGGCAUGUACCAUCAUUGACGACUUGAGCAGCCAUCGCCAAGGCAAAGGCGACCUUUCGCCUUACUCCACCCCCAGCAAGAGUUCGGCUACGUCCACCUACGCUGCUAAAGAUGGCCGCAAGAGUGUGCGCUGGUACCGCCCGCUUUUUGUCGGCAAAGGUGCGCAGUACGGCACUCGACCUUGUGAGUCAAGGCCAGCACUCAAGCCGAUCCAUUACGAGCUCGACAGGAUGGGCAACAAGGUGCCAACGGGAAGCUCGCCGAAGCUGAGCAAAGGCCAGUCGGUCGUCAUCUACCGCAACUACUUCAAGGGCGAGCCAGAGCCUGCAGACGACUAG